CAAAAAGAGAACUGGAAAUGAGCAAAUAAAGUGGGGACGCUUGCGGCAUGGGUUCCGAGUGCAAGGCAAGCGGCGAUGUCGGCGAAUUUCAAAUAGAUACCGCCAGCGUCACAGAUGUAUCAGUGGAGAUGUCCACGGUGGACCACACGCUGCAGAAGCUAAGUAGGAUGUACAGGAAGACGAGGCGGAAGCCUAAAGGUCUUUCCAGGCUGUGGGCUUACCUGCUGAGCAUUCAGCACCUGGCGGUCAUCGUCACAGCCGUGGUCUUUGUUUUGGUGGUGAUCCUCUGGUCGCUGCUCUGGGUCUUCAUAUUCCGACGCGAGGGCAACAGUGGCGUGUACUUUGCCGGGAUGUUCCGUGUGGCCAAUGUGGAGUUCAUCCCGGAGUACCGCCAGGCCGGAUCCCGUGAGUUUGUCUCCAUGGCAACCAAAAUACAGCAUGUGGUGAGCAGUGUGUACAAGGUGUCCUCAGUGGCUCGUCUGUACAAGCACAACUUCAUUUCAGACCUCAGUACCAACAGUAAGGGAGGCGUACUGGUGCACUUCUGGAUGGUGUUUGAGGUCCCUCGGCUGGAAAGCGCGGUGGUGUGCGAGGAGUGCGUGGGCGUCAUCCUCAGGGAUUCGGUCCACACCAGCCUGAAGAACCGCUCAUCGGUGGGCUACCUGCUGGACCUCCCUGUAGACAUCGAUUCCAUUCUCAUCAAUGCUGUCCAACGAUCAGAUUACACAUCCACUGCAGCAGGAUCCCAGUGUGUAGACAAACUUUACGCCAGCCUUCCCGGUGUCAGCGUCCCUUUGAAUAUCUUUUCGUCAUGGGGCGAUGUCCGAUGCCACGUAAAGCUGACCGCCGUCCCCGGUUUCCUCAUCCGGCUGACCAUCGCCUCCUUCCAAAUGGACCCCAGUGACUGCGUUCAUGAUGCCCUGACUGCAUACGACGCUCUUCUGCCCAUGAGGGGACGAGUUCUGCACAGGCUAUGCACCCCGGUUUCCAGUUCUAUCUCCCUUGUGUCGACCUCCAACGUCAUGCUUCUGUCCUUCACCAUGACCGGUGGAUCCAAGAGCUUCCGGGGACACUUUGAGGCCAUCACAGAAGAGUUGUGCCUGUCUCGCAUCAUCCCGCAAUCGCACGUGAGCGGUUCGAUCAACAGCCCCUUCCACCCCAGCCUCAUGCCCCCCCACUCCUCCUGCACCUGGAUCUUUCAGACCCCUGAUGCUGCUUUAGGGGUUGCACUGCAGCUUAAAAAUUAUGUGCUGAGACCAAAAGACAUGAAGGGCUGUGAGCAUGGAUGGUGGAGAGUCAACGAAGUAAUUUUCUGCGGCAGCUACGUGGGACACGAGAGCGUAUUCCGCAUUGCGCAACACACGGCCGAGGUGGAGUUUCGCUCCACCACUCGAAGGGCCGCUCAACCUUUUCAGUUGUCGUACAGCAGCUACAACAUCAGCCAGCCGUGUCCUGAAAGUCACUUCUUGUGCUCCACCGGACUCUGUGUCGAGAAAAGUCGGCGCUGCGACGGGCUGGACGACUGCCAGGACGAGAGCGACGAGGUCUUCUGCUUGAUGCCCACCAAAAACUGUGGCGGCGGCAGCAGCAGCCCUCUGCAUCCUUUGUUUGUCUGUAAUGGUGAGCCGGACUGCGCCAACGGUUUGGAUGAAACCAACUGCACUCAGGAAGCAAUCUGCUCGGCCGUCAGCUUUCGCUGCGACAGCGACUCGUGCAUCCGUAAAAAGAACGCCAGGUGUGACGACGUCACUGACUGUCAGGACGGCAGCGACGAACGUGACUGUGCUUGUGGGCUACCCACUCCCCCCGUGGCCCAUCGCAUCGUGGGGGGGUCCGACUCAGACGAGGGCGAGUGGCCUUGGCAGGUCAGCUUGCACUUUUCGGGUCACCUGAUCUGCGGCGCCUCCGUCCUCUCAUCCGAUUGGCUCAUCUCGGCAGCGCACUGUUUCAGCAAAGACAGACUGUCCGAUCCACGACGCUGGCGGGCCCACUUGGGCGCGCUAAUGCAGGGUUCCGCCAAACAUGUGGCAGAGAUCCAGCGAAUUGUGCCACACGAGUACUACGACGCCAGUACGUUGGACUACGACAUGGCGCUGCUGCAGCUCAAGAGGGCGUGGCCGGCUUCGCUGGGCCCGCUGGUGCAGCCCGUGUGCCUGCCCGCCACCUCGCAAGCCGUCACUGCCCAACACCGCUGCUGGGUGACAGGCUGGGGACAUCGCUCUGAAGACGACAAGUCGCUGCCGUCUGUGCUGCAGAAAGCUCAGGUGUCCGUCAUGAGUCAGACUGAGUGCAAGGCAAUUUACGGCCUGGUGUCGCCCCGCAUGCUGUGCGCUGGGGUCUCGACAGGGGAGCGGGACGCCUGCAGGGGGGAUUCGGGCGGGCCACUAUCCUGUCAGGCGCCCAGCGGGGGCCGCUGGUUCCUGAUUGGCAUCGUCAGCUGGGGUGCGGGCUGUGGCCGACCUGAGCUGCCCGGCGUCUACACCAGGGUCAGCAAGUUCACCUCGUGGAUCUAUGGCCAUAUCAGUUGACAGCCCUACUCAAAACCCAUAAUCAAAUUCAAAGUGGACAUUGGGUAAAGUAUUGCACACUUAAGCAUUUACAUCAUCAGAACAUGAGUCAUUUUUUUUUCCAUUUAGACCAUCUUUUAUUGAAUUAAUUUUUUUUUACUUCAUCCACAAAUGAUCUGGCCCAUCUACCCGCUUUAAAAAUCCAAAGUUUGCCGUCAUUGUUGAUGGAACAAUAAAUGUUGAUGGAAUGUACCUUACA